AGUGGGUGGCACGGAGUGCUGGGCUGCGAGGGCCAUGGGCUGCUGCCAAGACAAGGACUUUAACACCGGUGGGCAGGCCCAGGAGGCCGAAUCAGAGGAAGUCGGGGAAGACGCCGGAGAGGCCGAUGUGGACUCGACGAACCAACGCGAUCGCAAGUCUAACGAGAGCCUUUUGAUCACCGUGCUGUGGCGACGGCUAUCCCUGUUCAGCCGUCGGGGCUCAAAGAGGCAAUCAGGCCAGAGUCAAAAGCGUGGGAGCAGCCCGGAGGGAAUCCUGGAGGAGCCGGAGAAGGGGUGACCCCAGCCCUGCUCUCAGUCCUCCCUAGCUUCCAGAGAAUAAAGUUUCUAACGUGUA